CCGUCCACAUGUGCAGGCAAGCCACAAGAAGUCAGCCAAUGCAUCAGCCUGCAGCUCAUCUGGCAUCCGCUCUUACUUUCCCCCUGCCUCAGUUUCUCUCUGCUCUUCUGCUGACUGACACUUCUGAUACCUCUUUCUCUACCCUUCCUUCCUCCCCUUCUUCCUCCCUUUCACCCGCACCUCAUCCUCAAGCCACCAUGGUGAACAGAUAACUGCCCGGCCUUCCUGACACCAUGGGUGCCUGCCUCUGCAAAGGUCACAAAGAGCUCCACCAUCCAAUGACAGUACGGCAGGAUCAGACUGAGGAGGGUCAGCCAUCCUCUGUCGAGGAUGGCCAGAAUCCAUCAAACGGCAGUAUGGCAGAUAAAGCCAGUGGCUAUGAUAUCGGCCAGUUGGCCACCUCCUCUUUGAUGGGUGUGGUGGCCACGAUAAAGGAGCACAUCACCAAGCCGACGGCGAUGGCCCAGGGGCGAGUUGCUCAUCUGAUUGAGUGGAAGGGUUGGGGUGGAGGCCAGGCCAGGGGAGGAGGGGGCGGACGGAGCGGGGCCUGGGGUAAAGGCGAUGGAGGCUGGGGUGCCGAGCUGCAGGAGGAUGAACAAUUCUACUCCCAAAUGACGGACGAGAUCAAGGAAGCUCGCUUCGCUGCAGGAGUGGCCGAGCAGUUCGCCCUGGCCGAGGCAUCCAUGGAUGUGUGGUCGAUGAACGACCGUUUAGAGCAGCCCUGCACUAGUUUACAAGCAGCACAAAGCCACUUCCUGUCCCAGUUCCUGCUGGACGGUGGAAGCGUCAGCGUUCCUCAGCACCUGUACAGCAUCCACGCCCAGACUUAUGGCGACAACAGGGCGGCCAACCUCGUCCUUCACCCUAUUGUCAACUCCAUUUCCCCAACGUCCAACACCCAGCAGGACAGAGAUCGCCCCCUGGAGGUGGACAGAAGCACUGCGACUGCAGAGGCUGCCGUCCGACACGUGGACAGCAGCUCACUAUCCGAGGAUGACGUUUUUUAUAAUUAGUCUCAAUAGAAAAACAAGCCGGAAAUCUUGAUGGCAAUCUCUAAAAUGAGCCUCACUGAGGGGACUUGAGCCUCAGCCACCAGCAGUGACUGAUUCAAAACAUAAACACAGACAUCUGUGAGAUAUCUCAAGAGGCUAUUCCUCAAAUGGCUUGUCUGGGAAUGUUACAGCGCCUUGCCUUCAGAUACAAAGACUCCAGAUUGUAUUUUUUCCCCUGUUGAGGUGUAUACUUUUGUGAAUGUACAUAAUUCCACUGUUACAUUUAAAAAUUUUAUUCAGUAUACAAUAAACACUUUCAUAAUAUAAGUAGAACUGAACUGUGAAGAGUCACUGGUGUUAAAUAUCUUGUUAUUAAACAUCAAUUUUAAUAUAUGUGCUGUCCAAUUCUGCUUUUGAUCCCUUUUUUCCUUGAUAGAUUGUCAAACAGUGGAAUUCUGUAAAGGGUAGAAAAAGAAAUUGAGUCCCGUCUAUGAUUAGCUAUUGUUCACACAGUAAUAUUGUCUGAGAGCGACGGGUGCCGCACUGCAGAGAAAAGACGAGUGUUGAAACCAGAAAAGGAGAAUGACACAGAACCCGUCAGCGGGCAUGUGGUCGGUGGUCAGUGUGUAUUUCCACAUUUCCGUCAGGCAGCAUGCCUGUGUGUUUUUAGAGUAAGAUGGUUGGAGAAUGGAGGUGUUAGUUUCACGGGUCAUGGCGUUCCUUUAGCAAGGGAUCACACAGUUUCUGAGUUAAAGGUUUUUUACAGAGGGAAUUUUGGAUAUAUAUUUGGAUCACUCCAUAAAUCAGAAAAUACAGCCAUUAAAAAAUAAAAUGUUGCUAUGUUUUUAGGAAUAAUGUAAUGUAUGUACUUAAUUUGAGAUUUCUGGAUCAAGUACAAGAAAAAAACCUAAUUUUGAAAACAGCCUUUAAAUAUAUUUAUUGUAAAAACAGGUGAAUGAGGUCAUUUAGUUUACUAAUAGAUAUCACCACGAAACUUCCGCAUUGAUUACUUACAAUUAUACUUUGUUACAUUUUUCUGAAAUGUUAAUAAAAAAAAAAGAUGUUUAAAUAUGCCAAUUAGGCAUUAUCUAAUGCUUACUUUUUGUGAAUUUAGGAGAAAUCA